CUUCCUAUUUACCAGGAUCCUAGUAAGGGAUAUAUGUAUAUAUGUAUAAGUAUAUAUAAGAUAUAUAUGUAUAAGUAUGUCAGACAAAACUAGUGUUGCAGUUGAGCACAAAAGUUUGCCGUUUGAAGACCACGUCUGGUUGUUAAUAAAAUAAAAUUCAAUUUGACUUUUUUUUAAGUUACUUUUACUUGAGUGAUAAUGAAAGUCCGUCAUUCUAUUUGUUUAUUACUGACUUUUUUUGGAGCUUUUGCUCUAGUUUCUAAGGCAAAUGCCAAGUAUGAUAAUGUUCCACAAGCUAUUUUGAAACGUUAUUUGCCUCAUAUUGAUUGUCUUUUAGAUCGGAAACCAUGUGAUUUUUAUGGAAAAAAAGCAAAAGCACUGAUGCCUGAUUGGUUUAAAAAUGAAUGUGCUAAUUGUGAUUUUAUGAUAAAAACGUAUGCAAAAGAAAUGAUACCAGAAGUUCAAAAAUAUUUCCCUGAUGACUGGCAAUUAAUUAAACAAAAAUACGGUGGUCAAUCAUCAGUUCAAAAAAUCGAUUCCAAUCCAGCCGGAAAAGUUGAUGAUCAAUCAGAGUUUAAAAUAAUUCCAACAUAUCUCGAACCUAGUAUACAACAUUCUCAAUAUCCAGGACACAAAUACCGUCCAGGAACUCCAGUAUCUAAGAAGCCGACAUCUCAAAUUUCAGUUACUGAUGUAUUUUCAAAUAACCCUAGUUAUGGAGCAAAAGCUGUGAUUUGUCUGGUAGAAAAAAAAGGUUGCGAUCCCAUGACGCAGUAUUUUAAAUUAUCUAUGUACCAAUUCAUUAAAACCAAUCAAUGCGUCGGAUGCGAGGUGCCGAAAGUUUUCAAAUGGUAUACAGAUAUGAAGAACUUCUUGGCAAAGAAUUUCCCUCGAGUCUUGAGAGAUAUUAUUGCCACAGGAGGACUCUAAUAAAAAUAAUUUAAACAACAUCAACAUCAAAUUAUACUUCAAAUUGUAUUUUAACACCAUAAUUAAAUGAAUAAAACAAAAAAUUAAUACUGAAUUAAAUCAAAUUAUUCAAUUUACUUAUAGGAUAUUGUCAAAAGGUGAUUAAGAAGGAGCUUCAUUAUAUCUGUAUGACGACAAUGGAACAACAUAUAAAUUAGUUAAACUUAGAAUUCAGUUAUGAGUCAACUUUCGUCAAGAAUGCAGUGAAUUUUAAUUUGUUUUUACUAAUGCGUGACACAAGUUUAUUUAAAUUUUUAAAUUCAGUACUGAAUAAAAAUGCACCAUAUUGGAAAAAUUAUAGUAGCUGUUUUAGCAGCUAUUUCAUUUAAAUUAAGCGGAAAACCAUACCUUGAGCAAAUUGAAUCAGAAAUAAAAAAUAAUUUUUUAAGUAGAUUUUUUUGUCUUAUUGGUGAAGAUUCCUGUGAUGAAUUUGGAGAACGAUUAAAACAUCAUAUGAGUGAUAUUAUUGAAAACCAGUGUUCAAAAUGUUCAUUACAAAUGCAAGCAGUGGGAUGCGUAGCAAUACCGCAUCUACAGAAUGAAUAUCCCGAUUUAUGGGAAUUUCUUUUAAAAAAAUAUGACAAUAAUCAAUCUCAAAAGAAGUCCAUGGAUUCAUAUUUUUUAAAGGCUUAUAACUGUCUUAUUUUUGACCUUAAUUGUGAUUCGUCUCUACAAUUAUUGAGAAAAGCGUUGCCGUUUUUACUAAAGUAUAAUAUUUGUCCAGGAUGCGAUGAUAUAGCUAUGCUAUUUAAUCAACAGUUGAAAUUGGCAAAAAAAAAAUUUCCCGCUUUCUGGAAAGAACUUUGGGACAAAUACGCCUUCUAAAUACUAAGAUCAAAUUUUUUUUACUUUUAAUUGAAAAAUUAAUUAACUAAAUUAUAUUUUUUAAAAUUAUUUAAAUACACUUAUUUAUAAUUAUACGAAUUUUUUUAUACUGCACAAAAAUAAAUUAAGACAAAUAGAAUAAUUAUAAUACUAGAUUAAAAUUUUUAUAAAUUAAAUUAUUUUAAACUAUUAUUGAUGAAAUUUCAAUAUCUAUGAUUGACAUAUUCUGUUAAGACGUCAAAAAUAAAAUUGAUAAUGUCACCAAUUUGAAUGACAG